AUGCACUCAGAACAGCCAACUCAACUCAACCUCCCCGACCUCUUUGCCCUCUGUCCUUUCACUUGGAGCUCGCCCAGUCCAUACUACUCUUCCAAACGUAGGGACUCUACAGAGUGGAUACUCGGGUACCUUGGCAGUCUCUUCCCAGAUGACAAUGAACUGGGAAUGAAGCAGCUACGCGAACGGAUGUACGCAUCGAGUGCGGAGUUGCUAGGCUCAUAUGUCAACCCAUACGCAGAUGCAGAGGGCCUGCGGAUCUCUAAUGACUUCCAUAUGAUUUUGUUUGUACUGGAUGAGAUUACGGAUGUUCAAGAUGCGGAGAGUGCGGCGAAGACAAGAGAGGUGUUUGUUAAGGCUUUGACUGGAGGAUGUGGAGAUGACGAAUCUCCAGUUACAUCAUUUACCAAGGAUUAUAUGAACCGACUUUCCAACAUCUCCGAGGCCGUCCGCGAGAGAUUUAUAUCUCAUUGUAUAUCCUACAUCGAUGCAACUGCAACCGAGGCACGUCUCCGAGCAGACAACGAAGUUCUCUCCAUCGAGGAAUACACGAAAUUGCGUCGCGAGAAUGGCGGUGUCCGCACAUGUUUUGAUCUUAUUGAGGCUGUACUGGGUAUCACCCUCCCUGCAGAGGUGUUUGAUGAUCCGAACUUUAUGCGCAUAUACUUUGCUGCUGUUGAUAUGAUCUGUUGGUCAAACGAUAUCUACUCAUAUCCUAUCGAAUAUGCACAAGGACUCGAAACAUGCAACGUCAUCACUGUCUUAAUGAAGGAAAAGAAUCUCUCCGUCCAGGGCGCAAUGGAUCACGUUGCAGAGUUAUUCAAAGACUUUGCGGACACAAUGAUAUCGUGUAAACAAAAUAUUCGAUCGUUCGGAGAGGAUGAGGAUAGAUCUGUACAGGCAUAUAUUUAUGGGAUGGAACAAUGGGUGUGUGGUAACUUGACUUGGAGCUUUGAUUGUGCGAGAUAUUUUGGAGAGAAGAACGAGGAGGUGAAGAAGACAGGGGUUGUUGAGUUGGUGAAGCGGCAAGAUGCCAUGUAA